AUGGAUACGGGUGAUGAUCAAGCGGUUAUAGAUUAUUUGAACACCGAUGUCGUUGACACAGUGCAAGCCUUCAUCUUAACGACUAUAAAUGUCACUACAUCAUCGACUGCCUCACCCACAACCACCUUAGAAUCUACAAGUGCUUUCACGACACUAGCUGCUACAACCACUGUAGCUCCCACUACCAUUGAGGCACCAACAACCACAGAAGCUACCAUUACCAUUGAGGCACACACAACCACAGAAGCUGCCACAACUACUCCCCACUACCCCAUGAGUCAUGAGGCCGCCAGACAACCACGAAAGCUGCAACAACAACUGAGCCCAACUACCACUGAGGCCCCAACAACCACUGACGCUGCCACAACCACUGUUAGCUCCCACUACCGACUGAGCCCCAACAACACUAAUCUGGCCACAACCACUGCCCCACCACCACUGAGCUGCCACACCAUGUAUGCUCCCUACUACCACUUGAGGAGGCCCCAACAACCAACAACAACUGAAUCUUCUUCCACAAAUAACCACCAUCUCCAACUAAACCCUAGGCCACCAACAACCCCUGAGGCUGCCACAACCACUGUAGCUCCUAUUACUGCUGAGGCCUCAACAACCACUGAAGCUGCCGACAAGGACCACUGUAGCUCCCACUAA